AUGGAUACUUGGACUGUGUCUAAAUUAGAAGAGUGGCAAAUGCCUGAACAUGUUAUUGUAAAGUGUAAAGAAGAAGGAAUUGACAAAUCUGCAUUCUUGACAUUAACCGAGAGUAUGAUAAAAGAAUUAGUCCCUAUGAUGGGGUUAAGAUCCAAACUCUACAACAAACAUGUAGAGCUUAAAAUUCAAUGCGAAAAUAUCCAUGACAAUAAUUUAGAAGCGGUAUAA